UUCUAGCUCACAUCCAGAAGAAACACUUAUUUUCACAUUAAUUUCUGAAAUUAACUGCAGGAUCUUCACUGACUCUCAAAUAUAAAUGCAGACAAUUCUCACUCCCUGAAAAGAGGCAAGUAAAAUAAAGGUCAGAAGCACCUGGUCCAUGGUGGGAGGAGCCUAUAUGAACCUGCUUGACACCAUUCCAGAGGCAAGGCAAGGCAAGGCUUAAAACACAGAGGAAGAAAAUAGCUGAAUCUUCAACACUGGCAAAAAAACAGAAGAAGGACCGGCAUGGAUCAAACACCUUCAUUUUCUGGUGACUCCAGCAGUCUCGUGUCUGAAGAGCAGCUGUUGUGUUCGAUCUGUCUGGAUGUGUUCACUGAUCCAGUCACCACUCCAUGUGGACACAACUUCUGUAAGAGCUGCCUUACACAGUGCUGGAAGAAGAGUCAACAUUGUUACUGUCCAUUAUGUCAAGAAAAAUUCACCAAGAAACCUGAACUGAAGAUUAAUACAACACUGAGAGAGGUUGCAGAUCUCUUCAAGAAGAAACGUGGUCCUGACAAACCUGAGGUUCUGUGUGAUGCCUGCACUGGAGAGAAGCUGAAGGCCCUGAAAUCCUGUCUGGAUUGUUCUGCAAGUUUGUGUAAAACUCAUCUAGACCUUCAUAAUUAUGUGCCCAAACUUAAGAAACACAAAUUAAUAAACCCUGUGGAGAACCUGGAGGACUACAUAUGCCAGAAACAUGAGAGACCUCUGGAUAUGUUCUGUAGAGAUGAUCAGACGUGUGUGUGUCAGUUCUGCACUGAAGGAGAACACAAGAAUCACAACACUGUUCCUAUCGAGGAGGAGAGCAGAGAGAGGAAGACUCAGCUGGGGAAAACACAGACAGAUGUGCAGCAGAUGAUUCAGGACCGACUGAAGAAGAUCCAAAAGAUCAAACACUCAGUAGAGCUCAGCAAAAGAAGCACAGAGAAAGAGAAAGCAGACAGUGUUGAAGUCUUCACUGCUCUGAUUCACUCCAUUGAGAGAAGUCAGGCUGAGCUGCUCAAGGUGAUGGAGGAGAAGCAGACAGCAGCAGAGAGGCAGGCUGAAGGACUCAUUAAAGAGCUGGAGCAGGAACUCACUGUGCUAAAGAGGAGAGACACUGAGCUGGAGCAGCUCUCACACACUGAGGAGCAUCUCCACCUCCUACAGAUUUACUCCUCCAUGUGCAGCCCUCCACACACCAAGAACUGGACUGAGAUCAGUAUUAACACUGAUCUGAGUGGGGACACUGUGAGGACAGCUCUGUCUCAGCUUCAGCAGACUCUGAACGAGAAGUUAACGGAAACUGAACUGAAGAGGAUUCAGCAGUAUGCAGUGAAUGUGAAUCUGGAUCCUGAUACAGCAAAUCCAUUUCUUAUCCUGUCUGCUGAUGGAAAACAAGUGAGAGAUGGAGACGAGGAGCAGGAUCUCCCUGAUACACCACAGAGGUUUAAUCAGCAUCUUGGUGUUGUGGGAAAGCAGAGUUUCUCCUCAGGGAGAUUUUAUUAUGAGGUGCAGGUCAGAGGGAAAACUGAGUGGAGAUUAGGAGUUGUGAGAGAGAACAUUAACAGGAAGGGGGACAGCACACGGAAACCUCAGGAUGGAUUCUGGACUGUGGGACUGUGGAAAGAGAAUCAGUACUGGGCUAAUGCUGAUCUCCGUGUCCCCCUCCCACUGAGAGAGAAGGUGGAGACGGUGGGGGUGUUUGUGGAUUAUGACGAGGGUCUGGUCUCCUUUUAUGAUGUGAAGUCCAGAUCUCAUAUCUACUCUUUCACUGCUCAGUCUUUCACUGAGAAACUCUAUCCAUUCUUCAGUCCUUGUGAUAAUGAUGGAGGUAAAAACGCAGCUCCACUGAUCAUCUCUCCUGUAUUUAAAUCUGAAUGAAUUUUCACCUCACAGAUUUAAUGAUCUAUUAAAUGAUGAGAAGAAAAAGAAACAGUUUACUUUUUCUGGUGAAUGUUAGAAAUACAUUUUCCCUUUUAAAGUGCUGUACAGUUUAUUUUAAUGCCUGGGGUUUGUUUUUUAUAAACAAAUAAUUUGAAUCCUACAGUCUGUUUUUUAUGAUUGUGGAAGUUUGUCAUUACAAAUCAAAUCUGAAUAAAGCUUAUUUACAAUUCACACUGAGAUUUACUGCAGAAUUGAAUCUGAUCAAUAAAAUGGACGAAGUUCAGCUGCUGAUGUCUGUGUAGAUAAAACCGAACACCACUGAGUUUCUCCAUCAGACUUCAUCAAACAAAAAUACUUUUUUUUUUUUAU